AUGGCGGAUCCUGUUAGCAUUACUGCUGCUGUAGGAUGGGGCGUAACCGCAGUAGGUUGGCUCGCCUCACCCAUCAUUCCUAGGCUCCUCAACAAAGCUUUCACCGUCCUGGAUUUCAACGCGACGGAGAAGCUGAAGAUAAUUGAUAUGCAAGUUUUACAACUGCAGCGGGUGAUGGAAGUAGUCGACGAGAGCACCUACAGGGCUCGCUUGGAGCCACUGUUAGACAAGCUUAGGUCUGCUCUCUACGAGGCCGAAGACAUCUUGGAUGAUGUUGAGUAUCAGGGCCUCAAGAAGCAGACCCGAGAUGCCAAGUCAUCCGGCAGUAAGAUGGAUUCACUGAAGAAGACUCUUUGGUCUGCCAUGCCAAGAUAUCCCUCCUAA